AUGAGUCACGGAAAACAGCCAGUCGUCCUAUGUCUAUGCUCCAAGUGUAUCAAGGAAACUCACCCUGUCAACGGCGUCGAGCAGGCUGGUCUGCUUAUUCCUCGCAUCACUCGUGGAAUUCAUCGAUCGGCAGAUCAGCGAGCCGAGGUCCUUGCUCGUCUCGAAACGGAUAGUCGUCAUCCGGAUCUCAUGGAUGUCGAUCUUCAGGGUGAUCCAGUCGAAAACCCUGAUCGUGGCCCCAAUCUUCGACUUGAUCAAGAAGAUAUUCAAGUUCCGGCUUUGGAUGAGCCGAUGGAUUUGGAGCCAACUGGGCGUUCCAAUUUUCGAGCAGCCUCUCAAGGAGAACCCCCCAAUGCAUUCAACAACACAUUUGACACUACUAGGAUCCUAGCACACAGUUUGCGCGGUGACAUUCCGGUUGUAAUUCACAUGUCCUUGGUGGCUAGUCUCAUGGCGGUAUUCGAUCAUUCUUCGCUUGUCACAGCUUCUUGGCUACUAAGGGCCCAACGGGAUGUUAUUCAGUUGACUUUAUCACACGGGAUCACGGGGGAACCAUCUGGGAUACCUAUGUCCAACACGACAGCUCUCACGCUUGGCCAAGUCCCACGUGAUAUCAGAACGGUACACAGGUGGUUGGAAAUCGACCCGAACCUGGUAUAUUUCAAUUGCUGUUCGGCUUGCUUCGCUUUAUAUCCUGUCGAUAGCACCCCUCCAAGAUGUGUUCACAUGUUGGAUCGUGUUCCGGGUGGUGUAGAAAGCUACGACGAGUCAUCAAUCCCUGUCUUUACGCCAGACGACUCACCUGAAGAUUGUGCUUUCCAAAUAUUCUGGGCAAUGUCAGAAGAGGUGGACAACGACCCUCCUCCAUCACCAAUGACGACCAAUCAACUUAGAAACCUAGUAGCUGCAUCAACAACUAGGAUACUAAAUCGUGACAGAUAUCAACAUAAGUCUCAAGAGGUCGGGGUUCCACUCGCAGAUGCCAUUCUAGCAUCAGACACGUCUUCCGGCGAUGAUUCUUUCGACCCUCUUGCCCAGAUGUUCUACGGCUGGGACGGUAGCUAUAAACACCCGCUGAGAAACCCAGUAGUAUUUGAUUCAAAUGUACUAGACAUUGUCAACUCACGCAUACGACGAAUCCAGAGCCCAUCUUCACUUCAACGUGAGCUCGAGAUUACUUUCCUGUCGAGCUUUUGUCGUGCAGGCAAUAUAGCUGCCUUGCUCGAGGACGAGUCUAAGAUCCCGAUCAGCUUGAAACCGCUUGUCCAACAGCUCAAGGACAUUUUUGAUCCAGUCCCUUUUGAGCCAGAUUCUUCCAAUCAAUCAAAAUCCCAGCCUCUUGACGAUACGAUCUCACAUCAACUCGUGAAGCGCCUGAAUGCUUUUCAUGCAGAAAACUGUACCUGGCUAGCAUCCCAUGAAUGGUCUGAUCUACCUGAUACACUUGCUGCCGAGUUCGCGCCGGUUACGUCACAUGCAAUGUUUGAGACUGGAAUUUGCCACGAAGGAGUACAUUACACCACCUUUGAACGUGAUCCGAAGAACAGCGUAGUUCACGUGGUUUCACGGUCAAAUGGUGCCACUUUGUUUGGAAAAAUCAUGUCUAUAUUCAAACAUGAACGGUGUCCGACUGGAAAUCGACCACCAGUGUCUGAUACGUGGCUCAUGGUUAGAUACUUUGCACCAGUGCCAUCGGAGAAGCCCGACCCUUUCGCCAAGAUAAACUUACCUGACAUGCAGGUAAAUUUACGCCUAGAGAUUUCCAGCACAGCUCGACUGACCCAUAUUAGCGAGAUAAAGGCUCAGUAUCACAACUGGAAAGCAAAUGAUUCCUUGCUAUGUGCUCUGGUGAUAUGGGCUUAA